GCACAGGGACAGAAUGUAGAAGACCCUAACCUUUCUUAUAACAGGGUUCACCAAGUAUAGAUCGGGUAAUUCGUUUCCCUAGCGCGCAAGACAGAGCAAUAACAACUCCACUUAUACACAUAUCCAUAUGCCUCAGGUUUGCCUUGAAAAACUUAGGGACUGUCUGAUAAUGUUCCACACAUAACAGCUUCGUGUUGUUCAGAUGGGAGACUAGGUACGUGUACAUGUCAAGGACUUCACCAUUGCAGGUAUCCCACCAAAAAUGCCCGGUAGGCCCUGCAGUAUGUACUCACAACGCAAGUGUAUCGUUUGUACCUUACCUACCCGGCAGUCGUCAGUAGGCCGCCGGAAGACGGUAGACGCAUGAAAUUUUCUGAUCGCUUUCUCAAUUGUACAGUGCACAGGAUUGAAAAGAACUCACAUUAUGGCUCUUGCAACUUCGACCUCAUUCCAGCCUCUAUUGGACUUACCAGACAAUACUAAAUUUGGUGUUGACGGUCUUACCUCUACUCAAAGCCUACUUGACGGAUAUAUUUUCGAAAAAGUCGAUACGCCUGAAAGAGAAAAGGCAAAGCCAAGGCUAGCAUCCGAACGGGAAAUGCAGGAUCUCGCCAUGAACACUAAUAUGACCGCUGGUCCAGCACUGUCCGAAGUUCGUCACAUAGCAGAGAAAGGCUACGGUACUUUUGCUCUCGUUGACAUCCCACGAGGCACUCGCAUCAUGUCAGAAGCACCGCUUAUCGUCAUGGAGAAUCCAAGGUGGCUCACGGCUGAUCUCGAAAAGGAGUUCUCCAAGCUAUCCCCAGACGAUCAGGCUGCGUACAUGAGCUUGCAUUCCGCUCAUGGUCAGAAUCCGCAGUACUGGGAUCCGGUCAAGCGUAAUGCGCCACUAUCGGCUAAUGCUAUGGAGAGAGUGGAGGAACAGUAUGCUGCCCGGAUCGCUCCAGAAAAGAGCCUUGUGUCCAUCUUCCAGACCAAUUGUAUGGGAAUCGAUGAACGCGGCGCAGGAGUAUUCCUUAAAUGUGCUCGGAUCAACCAUUCGUGCAUGCCGAACGCUUUCUUUAGCUAUAACGCUCGCACCGGUAAAGAGAACAUCCAUUCGAUUAAAACUAUCAAGGCUGGCGACGAGAUUACCAUCUGCUACUGUGAUCCGUUUAAUGAUACAGCGAAGCGGGCUUGGCAUAUGCGCCAUUAUGGGUUCACUUGCGUGUGCGAAGCGUGCUGGGAGAAUCAACCCUUUGGAUCUAAGACUGACUUGAGCUUCCAGCGUCGGUAUCGACUGAGGGAGAUCAGCGAUCAGACAGCGGACGAUAUCAACAAGCUCUUCCCAAGCACCGACCAUCUUAUGCGUCUUGUUAAUGCUCUUUCAGAGGCUGCCAUGCUCCUCAUCCAGGAGGACCUCAAGGUAGCAGAGCUUGGCAGAAUGUAAGCGAGUCUUGUUUUACUAGUUAUGCUAUACUGAUCAAGUAUAGCUAUCACGAUAUCUCGUACGCCGCGGAGCGCUAUGGUGAUAUGUCUCUUGCGUUGAAGGCGGCGGAGAAUGCGAGGGUAGUGUAUAGAGAUGUGUAUGGGGAGGAUCAUGAGAAGUACGACUCUGUUCAAGAGACUUUAAACAGGCUCAAAGCGAAGUGAGUGGUAUUGACAAGGGGCACAUGGCUGUGCUGGUCAAAUUUAGGAGGAUGGGAUAGGUGACGGCGGAAACACAGGUGGGGGGUGUAUACUAAAAAUCAGGUCAGUCAUCAGUAUCUGGUGAAUGGGAAGGCUUUACAUAUGACCAGGCCAUGAAUGUCGCAGUGGUUCUUAUUAUGAUUUCUGUUGUG